GCUCUCCCCAGAAAGAAACUCACAGGAGCAGGCGCAGCACUGGCCGACUCAGACGCUACGGUUGGGGGCGGACCCUGAGGGGUGGUGCUCAGAAGCCUCACUCUGCGCUUGCGCUUAAGGGGCGUGGCGGUCGCACCUGCGCGAGUUGGGAAAGGAGGAGGGGCGAGGUGACGCAGGCGUAAUAAUAGAGAAGGUGCCAGAAAGAUCCAAAACAAGUGGCCGCGGCCGUUGCUCAGGAGUCAUCAGACGCCAGAUUUCGGCCCUGGUUCGAGCUCGUUCCGCCCCCCUCCCCCGGGUAUGGCGCUGUCUGGGUCGACCCCUGCCCCGAGCUGGGAGGAGGACGAGUGCCUGGACUACUACGGGAUGCUGUCGCUUCAUCGUAUGUUCGAGGUGGUGGGCGGGCAGCUGACCGAGUGCGAACUGGAUCUGCUGGCUUUCCUGCUGGAUGAGGCCCCCGGCGCCGCCGGCGGCUUGUCCCACACCCGUAGCGGCCUGGAGCUGCUUCUGGAGCUGGAGCGCCGCGGGCAGUGCGACGAGAGCAACCUGCGGCUCCUUGGGCAGCUCCUGCGAGUGCUGGCCCGGCAGGAUCUGCUGCCGCACCUGGCGCGCAGGCGGCGCAGGCCAGUUUCUCCAGAACGCUACAACUAUGGCACCUCCAGCUCUUCUACAAAGAGGACAGAGGGCAGCUGCCGUCGCCGACGGCAGUCAAGCAGUUCGUCAGAUGCUCAGCAGGGCCAGUGGGAGAUAGGCUCCCCCCCAACCAAGCGGCAGCGACGGAGUCGGGGCCGGCCCAGUGGUGGUGCCAGACGGCGGCGGAGAGGGGGCCCAGCCACCCCCCAGCAGCAGCAGGAGCAGGCCAAACCCACCUCGGAAGGCAAAGUGACCUGUGACAUCCGGCUCAGGGUGCGAGCAGAGUAUUGCGAACAUGGGCCAGCCUUGGAGCAGGGUGUGGCAUCUCGGCGGCCCCAGGCGCUGGCGCGGCAGCUAGAUGUGUUCGGGCAGGCCACUGCGGUGCUCCGUUCCCGAGACCUGGGCUCUGUGGUGUGUGACAUCAAGUUCUCCGAGCUCUCCUAUCUGGACGCCUUCUGGGGGGACUACCUGAGUGGUGCCCUGCUGCAGGCCCUUCGGGGCGUGUUCCUAACUGAAGCCCUGCGCGAGGCUGUAGGCCGGGAGGCUGUCCGCCUGCUGGUCAGUGUGGACGAGGCUGAUUAUGAGGCUGGACGGCGCCGCCUGCUGCUGAUGGAGGAGGAGGGGGGACGGCGCCCAUCGGAGGCCUCCUGAUCCUGGAUCUGGCAGGACUGACCCCACCUCCUAGCAUCCAGGCCACCUCCCCGGGAGGACAAAGACCAUCUCUGCCCCUAGGGGACUGUCACUCCAGCAGCUCUGAGGACUGAGGCAGACAGACAGAUGUCCAGGCCCCCUGACAGCCUGGCACCUUGACAGCUCCUCUGACAGGAUGUGGUCUCUGAGGCCUAAACCACUUCCAGCUGAGUUUCCUUCCCAAGCUCUCCCCAUCCCCAUCCUCAGGUGUGUUCGUUCAGCUCCAGGAGGCCAGGGGCUCAGGCAUGCAGAUCCCAAAGGGAAGGAGACAGCCACACAGUCACCAAAGGCCCCCUGCACAUUGUGUUCCCAACCCUGGGCUGUGUGCACACACUGCCCCCAUGGAAAUCUCCCUUGGGCUCCUCCCCUGCUCCACACACUUCUUUGGCCUAAGGGCUUCUCUCUCAGGAUCUCUGAUUUUACACCCUCCCCCCCCAACCCUGGGCUUCAGCCACACCAGGCACUGGAGCUGGGGCACAUACGGGGUCUGCUCGCCUUGCCCACACAUCUGUACAGCCAACCAGGGCUCUGCCCACCUUCCACACAGACCUGGCCCUUCACCUUUUCCUGCUCCCCAGAGCUGGAUGUGGACUUGCACAAAGACUGCACUUGGAGUGUCACACGUGUGUUGCCAGCAUUAUCAGACCAAGUAUGCUGUUGCCCAUGGGGCCAGGACCAGAAGCCAACCGCCUUCUCAGAAACGGAAAGGCAAAGGCUUGAAGGUUGAUGGGAAAGGUCUUUUUACAAAUGGAACCAAUAAACUGCCCUGGAAGGGGCAUAGGUGGGCAUCAAGGCUCCCUGGGACUCUUUCUUAAUGGGCUGGAGGAAGGAGCUGAUGAGAGCCUGGGCCUAGUACCAAUCUUGGAGUUCCUGGCCAAGUAUCAGGCCAGUGCAUGAGCAGGAUGAUAGAGCAUCUGCCCGUUGCUACCACAGGCUUGCUUUCCCCUCUGGGCCUCAGUUUCCUCAUCUGUCUAAGGAAAUACUGCCUUGGAAUCACAAAUACUCCUAGCCCUAUUUGCACAUGCUUUGCUCGUUGGGAGUGCCAGUGUUUUUAACUUGUUCAGUGACAUGGGCCAGCUAUUAGCAAGGCUGACAGAGCUCAGAGGUUUGGAAACCAAACAGCAGCAGCCAGACUUCUCUGCCUAGAUACUCUGCAUGUGGUUCCUCACCUAUCACACCUUCUGGACAGUCCCCUCAAAUCUGGAUCUCUGUUACUCCUCUUCCUGACACGUCUUUCUUCCACUCUGUGGCUGCAGGAGGUUGUGGCUUCCUGUUCUUGCCCCAUCCCUUGUUUAUGGGCUUAGGAACUCAAGUUUUCUUACACAAUA